GAGACUCGUAAUCAAAAGUUGGAAGGGGAUAUCAGCUCAGUCGAAGAAGAAAAUCUAAACUUAAGCAAACUAAAUGAUUCUUCUAUGAUCACCCUGGAGAGUCAGCAAGGUGAGAUCCAUAGCUUGAAGGAGAUAAAAGAAAAACUUGAGGAAGAAGUUGCAAGACAGAUUAACCAAAGCAGUGCCUUUCAAGAAGAGGUCUGUCGUCUGAAGGAUGAAAUUGAUAGCUUGAAUAGGAGGUAUCAAACGAUAAUGGAGCAAGUGAAGCUCGCAGGAUUUGAUCCCGAAUCACUUGCCUGCUCUGUGAGGAAACUACAAGACGAGAACUCAAAGCUGACUGAGUUAUGUAACCACCAGAGAGAUGAUAAAGAUGCUCUUACUGAGAAGCUGCGUGAAAUGGAUAGCAUUCUAAGGAAGAAUGUUUCUUUGGAGAAAUUGCUUCUGGAAUCAAACACCAAACUAGAUGGUUCUAGGGAGAAGACGAAGGAUCUGCAAGAAAGAUGUGAGUCUUUACGACGAGAGAAAUCUGAGUUUAUCGCUGAGAGAGCUAAUCUGCUUUCUCAAUUGCAAAUCAUGACUGAGAAUAU